ACCAAGCGUACCAAAUUCUCGUGGUGUAAUCAACGAGAAGCAUUUUCUUUUUGCAGAUUGAAAGUGAAGUAAAAUUAGCUUAUCUGCCAUCAGUUCGAGAGCAUUUGGUUGGAUUGACAGAAGAAAUCUAUUCUUAGCAAGUUCCAUCUAGAAAAGUAACGGCACCAGAUUCCAAAGCAAAUUUACGAAAGCCAUAGGAUAUUUUGUGCUUGUACGUAGUGUUUAUGGCCAUUGCACAUGCGCGCGUGAUCAAACCAAAUAGAGAAAGAUUUGACGCUCGAAUCAACUUUCCAUUUGAAAAUGGAAACUUACUUCAUAAAAGCCGAUGAUUUUUCCAUUUUUAUCCAGAAUUCAGAAUCAGGGCUCUUUUGAUUUGGAGUGGGAUGAGAUUUUGCGGUUCCAAUUUCCUUUUCUCGGACAGGAAUCGCGACUCCUGAGAGAAGUGACGUGGAUGACCACUCAAAAUAGACGGUCAAGAAGAGCAAUUUUUUUUUGGGAAAAGAGUAUAAACCGUUGCCUUUUUUUAUUUUUCGUGGAUUUUUUUAGAAAGAGAACUCCUUCGGACUGUGGUAUCCAUUCACACCAUUACAUCUAACUUCUUCGCAUAUAUAAUUGACUUCAGUGUUGUUGGAGAUUAAUGCUCACAAAGUUCGAACUGCUUGGUUUUAGAUACACACAUGUCCUAAUGAAUCUCUGUAGUAACUAAAAAUAGAAGCACGUAGCUUUCUACAUGGGAAAUUGGUGUAUGAAGCAGCGGCAUCAGGUAUAUCAUGAAGAUCCAUCUGUUCUUGCAUCUGAAACACAUUUUACUGUGAGGGAGGUGAAACUGUUGUACAAGUUGUUCAAGAAAUUAAGCAGCUCUAUAAUUGAUGAUGGAUUUAUCAGCAGAGAAGAGUUUCAGCUCGGAUUGGUUCAAAAUAGCAAGAAGCAGUCAUUCUUUGCAGAUAGGAUGUUCAAUUUAUUUGACUACAAGAAUGAUGGAGUGAUAGAUUUUGGUGAGUUUGUCCGAUCUUUGAGCAUCUUUCACCCCGACACACCUGAAGCCAAAAAAGUUGCUUUUGCAUUCGGACUAUAUGACAUUUGGCAGACAGGAUUUAUAGAAACUGAGGAGGUCAAGGAGAUGAUUUUGGCAUUCCUAGAUGAGUCAGAUUUGACGCUGUCCGAUGAUACUGUUGAACUCAUAAUCAGCAAGACAUUUGAAGAAGCUGAUUCAAAGAGAGACGGAAAGAUUGACACGGAAGAAUUUAAGGAUUUUGCUGCCCGGAAUCCAUCCUUACUAAAGAACAUGACAAUUCCAUACCUGAAGUGUAAAUACUCGAAAAGCAAACUUAUUCAGCACUCAAUGCAAGCAAGGAGAUUGUUUGACUUGGAGCACACCAGUUUAAAUUCAUAAUAGAGGCAAAUAUGCUGUUGGUUAUUCACCUCUUCCCCAUGCUUCAACUUAGUCAAUCAAAUUGCUUUAAGUCUAUAGUUGACUAGGUGGAAAGAUUAAAAAGCAUUUGAAAUUGCGGACAAUCGAAAUUCUUUGGACAGAA